CUGUGCAUGCGUACGACGGCUGUGCUGCAGUACCGGGCGUUCUGCUGAAGCUUUAACACAGAAAUACAAGUGUUUGCUGGGUCGGAUUAUGAAGAAACUCAACACAAAUUACACAUCGCACCGUAGAAGCGCUAGGCGGCGCCAGUGUGCCAUUAAAGCCCGUAAGACCAGCAGUCUGAGCGGGUCCAGUCUGGGAGAGUUCGAGAAGCUUCCAGCUGAAGUGUUCGGGCUCAUAUUACACCAGCUUUCAGCUGUUGAAGCCAGUAUUUUCAGCAUGGCAUCUAAACGCAUCAGUAGCUGCAUAGUGAGGCAUUUGUCUACUUCUGCCUGGAGGAAUCAGAUGAUUUCCAAGACGUUUCACUACACAUUACCCAAAACUGAAGACCUCAACACAAUACUUAAUUAUUUCAGCUCUCUUGGUUUACUGUGCAAGAGAUGCACCCUGUUACUACCAACCAAGGAAAGACUAAAGCUUAUUUAUAACACACUUUCACAGAUUCCCUGUUUCAUGAUUGAGAAAUGUGAUGCACUACCUUUGUGCCAAGGUUUUGUUUGCUACGGAGUGUUCUUGCAGACCUUUAUAGCUGGUUGGGAUGAGUUGGAAUGUCACCGGGUGUUUAACUUUUUGUGUAAAACCACACAACUUCAAUGGAAAAUAGAGGCAGCUGUUACAUGCAAGCCAGGUACUUGCCACAGGUUGGAGCUGGAGGUUCGCUUUUUCUGCAGAGGCGUCAUGUUUGACCAGUGGAAAAACAGAAGGGAUGCUCAUUUCUGGCUUACCUGCAUCCUCAGACCAUGGCCAAUCAUCAGCCAAGCUCGUCUACUCUUUAUCCUCUUUGGCCCCUUGCAGUCUGAUGGGAAGCUGGGCUGGCAGGAUGUGCAGGAUGGUGCAGUAGUGCAUAGUGCUGUAAAGGAUUUGGCCAUGGCAAUCAUCCUCCUUUAUGAAAACACUGAUGAUAAAAGUUGGAGCACUGACACAGUUCUUGCCAUAAUGAAUGAGAUUAUUGUCAUUCCACAGCCAUGGCAUAUUGAGAAUGUGGCACGCCUGCUCAUCCUGUGUGGAAACAAUAUUUGCUACAGUGUGCUGGCUAGCAAGGCCAUCAAUGGCAGGCUAUUUGAAGUCUCCCGACUCAUGAUUUUUCUUAUUCUGGUGAGUGAAAAGGAUGGAUACUGCAUGAACUGGGUGGUUAAGAUGACUCAGCAGGUGUGUGGGGUUUUCUCAGUGGCAUUGGAGAAGCGGUCCUUCAUUAACACAAUGGAGAAUAUGUUUUCUGAAUUUACAAUGGAACUUGUUGAGUUUGUAAUCGCAGGACACCAAAAUGAAGAGAUGGACACUGCGUUAAGAAGUUUAAACAGCCUCUUGAUUGCAAAAGCCCAUUUUCACACAGAACUUGUGUUUUUAUUCCUCAAGGAAAAGUAA